CCCCGCGGCGGCGGGUCGGGCGGCGGCUGGAAGCUGGCGGAGGAGGAGGAGUGCCGCGAGGACGUGCUGCGCCUCUGCCCCAAGCACAGCUGGGCUAACAAUCUGGCCGUGCUCGAGUGCCUGCAGGACGUGCGCGAGCCUGACAAUGAAAUCUCUUCAGAAUGUAACCACUUGUUGUGGAACUACAAGGCUAACCUGACUACAGACCCAAAGUUUGACUCCGUGGCCAGAGAUGUCUGUAAAUCCACCAUAGUAGAGAUCAAAGAUUGUGCCGAGGAGUCAGUUAAAAGAGGUUAUUUGGUGUCCUGUCUGGUGGAACACAGAGGUAACAUCACUGAAUACCAGUGUCAUCAGUAUAUCACCAAAAUGACAGCCAUAGUCUUCAGUGAUUACCGUCUGAUCUGUGGCUUCAUGGAAGACUGCAAGGCUGAUAUCAACUUUCUCAAAUGUGGCAGUAUUCGACCUGGAGAAAAGGAUGCCCACUCACAAGGAGAAGUGGUUGCCUGCUUGGAAAAAGGCCUGGUAAAAGAGGCAGAAGAGACGGAUGGUAGAGUUCAGGUUUCUGAUCGUUGUAAGAAAGCAAUUCUACGGGUGGCUGAACUCUCUUCUGAUGACUUCCACUUGGACAGACACCUAUACUUUGCAUGCCGAGAUGAUCGAGAACGCUUCUGUGAAAAUACACAAGCUGGGGAAGGCCGUGUGUACAAGUGCCUCUUUAACCACAAGUUUGAAGAAUCUAUGAGUGAAAAAUGUCGUGAUGCUCUGACAACCCGUCAGAAGCUAAUAGCCCAAGAUUAUAAAGUCAGCUACUCAUUAGCAAAGUCCUGCAAAAGUGAUCUGAAGAAGUACCGCUGUAAUGUGGAGAACCUUCCCCGAUCUCGAGAAGCCAGACUUUCCUACCUGCUGAUGUGUUUGGAGUCUGCUGUACACAGAGGUCGGCAGGUGAGCAGCGAGUGCCAGGGUGAAAUGUUGGAUUACCGGCGCAUGCUAAUGGAAGACUUUUCACUCAGCCCAGAGAUCAUCCUCAGCUGCCGAGGCGAGAUUGAGCACCACUGCUCAGGGCUGCAUCGGAAAGGGCGUACUUUGCAUUGCCUGAUGAAAGUUGUGCGUGGGGAGAAGGGGAGUGUUGGGCUGAACUGCCAGCAGGCGCUUCAAACUCUGAUUCAAGAGACUGACCCUGGCGCAGAUUACCGCAUCGACAGAGCUCUGAAUGAAGCUUGUGAAUCAGUAAUACAGACUGCUUGCAAACACAUCCGAUCUGGAGACCCCAUGAUUCUGUCUUGCCUAAUGGAGCAUUUGUACACUGAGAAGAUGGUAGAAGACUGUGAGCACAGGCUCCUGGAACUCCAGUACUUUAUUUCUCGGGAUUGGAAAUUGGACCCUGUUCUUUACCGCAAGUGUCAGGGAGAUGCCUCUCGGCUCUGCCAUACCCAUGGGUGGAAUGAGACUAGUGAACUGAUGCCUCCAGGAGCUGUGUUUUCCUGCUUGUAUAGACAUGCAUACCGCACAGAGGAGCAGGGAAGGAGGCUAUCACGAGAGUGCAGAGCAGAAGUACAGCGAAUCCUUCACCAGCGUGCCAUGGACGUGAAACUAGAUCCAUCCCUCCAGGACAAGUGCCUGAUUGACUUAGGGAAAUGGUGCAGUGAAAAAACAGAAACAGGACAGGAACUCGAAUGUCUCCAGGACCAUCUUGAUGACUUGGUGGUUGAAUGCAGAGACAUAGUUGGAAACUUGACUGAGCUGGAGUCUGAGGAUAUUCAGAUUGAAGCCUUGCUGAUGAGAGCGUGUGAACCCAUCAUUCAAACAUUCUGUCAUGAGGUGGCAGAUAACCAAAUAGACUCCGGUGACCUAAUGGAGUGUCUGAUCCAAAACAAACAUCAGAAGGAGAUGAAUGAGAAGUGUGCUAUUGGAGUCACUCACUUCCAGCUGGUUCAAAUGAAGGAUUUCAGAUUCUCUUACAAAUUUAAAAUGGCUUGCAAAGAAGAUGUGCUGAAACUUUGCCCCAACAUCAAAAAAAAGGUAGAUGUGGUGAUCUGCUUGAGCACUACUGUGCGUAAUGACACGCUGCAGGAUGCCAAGGAGCACAGGGUGUCUCUGAAGUGCCGCAAGCAGUUGCGUGUUGAGGAGCUAGAGAUGAGCGAGGAUAUCAGACUUGAACCAGAGCUGUAUGAGGCUUGUAAGAAUGACAUCAAGAACUACUGCCAGAAUGUGCCUUAUGGCAAUGCUCAGAUUAUUGAAUGUUUGAAAGAAAUUAAGAAGCAGCUGAGCACCCGAUGUCACCAAAAAGUGUUUAAACUGCAGGAGACAGAAAUGAUGGAUCCUGAGUUGGACUAUACACUUAUGAGGGUCUGCAAACAGAUGAUCAAGAGGUUCUGCCCAGAGGCAGACUCAAAGAACAUGCUUCAGUGUUUGAAACAGAAUAAGAACAGCGAGGUGAUGGACCCCAAAUGCAAACAAAUGAUUACCAAGCGGCAGAUUACACAGAAUACAGAUUACCGCUUAAAUCCAGUGCUCAGGAAGGCUUGUAAAGCAGACAUUCCCAAAUUUUGCCAAAAUAUCCUAAGUAAAGCAAAGGAUGAUACAGAAUUGGAGGGGCAAGUUAUCUCAUGCCUGAAGUUGAAAUAUGCAGACCAGCGUCUGUCUCCAGACUGCGAGGAUCAGAUCCGGGUGAUAAUCCAGGAAUCAGCUCUUGAUUACCGGCUAGAUCCCCAGCUUCAGAUGCACUGUUCUGAAGAGAUAACCAACCUGUGUGCAGAGGAAGCAGCAGCUCAGGAACAAACUGGACAGGUGGAAGAAUGUCUGAAAGUUAAUCUGCUCAAAAUUAAAGCUGAAAUGUGUAAAAAGGAGGUGCUCAACAUGCUAAAGGAGAGCAAAGCAGACAUAUUUGUUGACCCAGUGCUGCACACAGCCUGUGCCCUAGACAUCAAACACCACUGUGCUGCCAUCCCACCAGGGAGAGGACGCCAAAUGUCUUGCCUUAUGGAAGCUUUGGAAGAUAAGCGUGUGAGACUGCAGCCUGAAUGUAAGAAACGCCUUAAUGAUCGGAUUGAAAUGUGGAGUUAUGCAGCAAAGGUUGCCCCAGCAGAAGGUUUUUCUGAUCUUGCCAUGCAAGUUAUGACUUCUCCAUCCAAGAAUUACAUUCUGUCUGUGAUCACAGUUGGCAUCUGUGUACUCUUCCUGAUCGGCCUGAUGUGUGGACGCAUCACCAAGCGGGUGACACGAGAACUCAAGGACAGGUAGAGCCUGGACUGCCUGCUGAAGAAAUGCCUGCCUAGUGCCCAGUUUGUACAGUUCUCUUCUGUAUAGCCUACCCAUCCCUUCUUGUGAGAGGAGAAUAAAAAAAAUUAGAACAGCAGCAGGUGUCGGCUCCAUUUUCCCAUCUUGGAUCUCAUCCAUGGCACCUUCAUCAUCUUAUGACAGUUUGUGUGCAGCAUUGGCAGCCCAGCCAGCAGCUUUUGUUCCCCUUUGUUAGCGGACUCUCGUUAACCUGCCUGUAGACAAGUCUCUUUAUUGUACUGUUGGAACUGCCUUCACUCUCUCUAAAUCAGACUGACAUGACCUGCAGCUCAAGCAGUUUUUAAGUACAUUUUUAAAGGAAGAAAAAAUAUAUCUGCAUACCAACCAUGAUUUAGGCAAUGAUUCAUACUGGCAUACCUUCAUGCUCUGUGACUGGGUAAACUUGAGUCAGGAAAUAGAGGGUAAAUUGCAUCUCACCAGAGUUGGCCUUGUUUUGGACAUCUUGCUCAUCCUUUUCCAAGCAUCUUCAGAGUAGUCACGGACAGCUUAUGGACACUAGGCAAUGAUGUCACCCUCUAUUGAAAGUCCUGCUUGUGUUACUGUGGUUGCUGAAAAAAAGAUGCCCUCCAACUCCAUUUCUUCCUUUGCCACUCACAGGAUAGUAUAAAAUGGCCAGGGUUAGAAACUCCAGUGAUCUCAUCCUCAUAUGAGUAGGACAGCUUUUACUUCAUUAGGCUUGGAAGAUGGUAUCAAGACCAGGUGCAAAAGAGUCAGUCGGCAGCAUACAAUGCAGUAAACAUCCCAGCUACCUAGCCUGUCAACCUCUGUUCAUCACUGGCAAUUUGGUAGAAAUUAAAGUUUCUUUAUUACUUUUCUGUAGCCAAGAAGACCAUUUUGAACAAGUCAGUUAAAGGUGGUAGUGACUCUGGUUUGCCCAGUGAUGCUUUAUGGGAUUAAGGGUUCCAAUUUUUUUUGGUAAAAGGAUCAUUUAAAGAUUAGUUCAUUGAUUCAUUGUCUUGAGUUACAGCAUUAAAAAAAAACAACUAAAUUUUUGGUUGAUAGGUACAGAAUCUGGCAUCUAUGGAUAUAAGACAGAGGAGCUGGCCCUAAAUACCAAGCAGCAGAGAUUUGGGGAAUAUAAUGUGUGAAGGGUAGAAAUGUAUGCAUCAUUAAUGGGAAUAGGUUUUUGUGGUUGCCCAUUGAUGUGCACAGUUAGGUUAUUGUUGCAUUUCCAGAACUUGAUGUCCAAGCUGACUUCCCACCUCUAGAAGGGUGUUUUGCAGAAGCAGUUCCUUUGGCUGCAGUAACUUACAUUCUUUAUUCCUCAAGAACGUGCAAGAGUGGAGCUUUUAGGACCCAUAACAGUUGGGAUCUAGGAUACAUUAGGCUGAGUGAAAAUGAUUGCACAAGAGGCAGCAUGUACAGUAGGAUAUAUAAUUUUAUUAACUUGUUAGAUGUGUUGACCUGUGUGUGCUGGAGUAAAAAUAUGUGCCUAAACUAUCCAACUAGGCUAACAUAUGAUCAUAACAUUUUUUCCUCUUAUUAUUGCACUGCUAGGUAAAGUCUGAAAUUACCAAUGUUCUGCAUUGGUCCAGUAUAAGAUGGGAGCUUUUCUAAAUGUGGACCAGCUGACUCUAUACUAUGUGUACAGACUGAUAUAUAAAAUACUGUGACUGCUUUUUGCUACCCUUCUAAAAUGCUGGAGAGGUGUACAAAGUUAUGUUGUAUGUAAAUGGCUGUAUUUACCCUCCCACUUUGAGGUGAAGAAAGUAAAUUAUUUGAGAUACAGUCUUAGUUGUGUGCUGUUGACUGAUUAAAAAAGCUCAUCUAGUAAGACUUGUUGGUGUCCAGAGCCUUGGACCACAAGAGGCAAAGGAUUAUUACAACUAGGCAGGUGAUGGACAAAACCUUAGUAGCAAAGAAGAGUCCACAGAAGAAACCUGGCAUCUUGCUUUAUACGCUGUAGAUUUCUAGAUGGGUGGCAUGUUAAAUCAUGUUGAGAAGAGAAAUAGAGCAUGAAUUCCCCUCUACUUUGUCAUUGCCAAAUAUGUAGCUACAGAUGAGACUUGUGCAGAAUCAGUGAAGAUGAGGAGUAGAGAGGGGGAUGGCUGGUCACAUUACUCUUGUAAAACUGGAAGCUUGAAAAGGUGUGUGACACCCACUAGAAUUAGUUUGGCAACUGCAAUAGCAUAUAGUUUAAACUGACACUCCAGACAAGUUGUUUUAGUGCUUGGUGACUGUCAAGAUUACCAGAGCAGAGGAAGAUUCAUAGUGCUGGAGAGUGGGAGAAGGAAACAAAUGAGACUACAUAUUCUCCCACAUACACAAUAUUGCUUACUGGGUAACUAGCACUGCUGCUUGUAUUUUCCUUGGACAGAAUUCAAUUGGUGUCCAGAGACUUUUUUUUUUUUUUUUUAAACUAUUGUAACUGUUUUUGAGGGAGCAUUUGUAUCCUGAUCAUUUUGAACAGCCCAAAUGAGACUGUUCUGCACCAUCACAUAUAGCAUUUUCCAGUAAAUCCCAAAUGACAUUGUAGUGAAAUACCAUAGGUUUGUCAACCAUGGUUUUGGCUGUGAAUCUUGUAGAUUGAAGUUGGUUAGGGAGGGAAGAGAGUUGCUUUCUUUACUUAAGUUCUUAUUUGAGUAGAUGGGGAAACUAUUGAUUUCUCUUGUCUUAUGCUGGUUUGGAAACAGAGUCCAACAGAGAGCAUGCUGGAGUGAUGAAAAUGGACCAGUCAUCUCUUUGGUGUUAUAAUGAAGAAUAGAGUCCAGAAUUGAAGAGUGAACAUCCAUUUUCUGGGGUCAGUUUUGAUCUGUUCACUUUGUAGGGUCACUUCUGUUCAGUGUGUGUGCGCAUAUGUAUAUGUUUUGUUUGAAUGCAGUAUUUUCUGCUUCAUUACUUACUUAUAAUCACCUAUGGUCAUCAUCUCUUUCAUAAUGUAGUGUUGAGCUCUCCCUUCUGGGUACUGUCAACUAGAUUGUUUCGCUGACAUGAAGUCUUUGCUGAGCAAAUAUCAGGUAGGAGCACCACUUUUUGUGAAUGGCAUUAAACAUGUGCAGUCUACCUAGUAUGUUUGUAUUCUAAAGGUUACCCAGAGGCUUGGUUUCAGUGUUAAUGGGAGAAGAGGCAGAUGAAGGUUUUAAUUAAGUCAGAAAGCAUGACAUGCAAUAUAUUUCUAGGUGUCUGCCUUCUGUGACAGAACAAAUGUAUAAAUUAAGAACAAAGGAGAUGCUCAUAUCUUGCAGGGAACUCGCAGCUUAUGACUUUGGAUGGAGAGCUCUUGUAAUUGGCUGCCAGAGGGCAAACCAUUGCAUAGUGAUUAAGGUUUACCUUCUGCUUACCUGGUUAGGAAUAGGACCCUGACAUAGUUGCAUGCUGGACAAGAGUUGCAUGCUCCCUUGUAGGGAUAUUAGAACUCUCCCAGUGCAGAGUA